UACUCUACAGGUAAACUGAUUAAUUGUUCGAGAUCGAGAGCGAGAGAAAUGGAGGAGCAGGAGGUGGAUUUGGUGCUGGUACCGAUGGGUCUGUUGGUGAUGGCGAUCUAUCACGGGUGGCUUCUCGUCACCAUCCGCCGCACCCCAGAACGCACAGUCAUAGGCCUCAACGCCGCUAGCAGGCAUCAAUGGGUUCUCUCUAUGAUGGCUGAUCCAAUGAAGAACGGUGUUUUAGCGGUUCAAACCCUACGUAACAAUAUAAUGGCAUCUACACUCCUGGCAACCACAGCAAUCACCCUGAGUUCGAUUAUUGGUGUAUUCGUGAGCAGUUCUACAAAUUCAUAUACUUCUCCAUUGAGAUUGGUUUACGGCAAUAAGUUUCCUAUGGUAUCUUCAAUCAAGUACUUCUCCAUCUUGCUUUGCUUCCUUGUUGCUUUCCUGUGUAAUGUUCAGUCUAUUAGAUACUACGCCCAUGUUAGCUUCUUGGUUACAUUGCCAACAUUGAAAGACAAAAAGGACUCUGUGGCGUAUGUUGCUCGGAGUUUGAACCGUGGGAGCUUCUUCUGGUCGCUUGGAUUGCGAGCUUUCUACCUAUCAUUCCCUCUCUUUCUUUGGAUUUUUGGGCCUAUACCCAUGUUUGUUUGUUGCUGCUUGAUGUCAUUUAUUCUGUAUUUCUUGGAUAUAACAACAGGAAUGACAAGGAAACUUCAUACUUAUUCUUUUAGUGAUGAGGUUAAAGGUGAUGGUGAUGGUGAUGGUGAUGUUGAAUCCAUCCAUAGAGUUGCAAUAGUGUAAGAUGGUUAAAGAAAUUAAGGGUUUAGUUUUGUAAAUGUC